AUGGAGCCACUACCGUCUCUGCGGCGGUGUUUCGCACUUUCUCGCCCUAGACAACAGACGUUAUUUUCUCCCUCGACGUGUGUUCGAAGAGUUCCACAACAACAGCUCCCACAUUCCUCUCGAGCGAAACGAAGCUUUACAACGUCGCUGACACGUCUCCGAGACGGCCAACAGCGGCAAUCCUCACCUCCCUCCCAACCCGAUGCGUCCAACGUAUCAAAGACGUGGAAACAGAUGAUGGAAUCCAUGAAACCCAUGCAACCGACGUCGAGGGACGGAUCCGGCACAAGCGGCGGCGGCGGCAGCAGCAGCAGCAGCACCAAUAUGUCCGCGUUCCGUGGUCAAAAGUCCCAAUCGCGCCUCCUCGCAGGGUUGAACGAGAGUAUCGCCCGCCACGCACUCGACCAGGACGCCAUGGCCCGAGAGCUCGCGAUGGCAGGGACGUCGUCGAUCGCGCUCCGGCUGAAACCGUCGCUCGGACGGACCGUCGACGGGGUCUACGGCGAACCGGCACGGGCGUUCCGCGCGCUCGAACGCAAGUGUACCGAGAACAAGGUGAAGAGCGACUCGCUGGCGCAAAAGAGACACGUGCGCCGCGGUCAGAGGAAGAAGGACAUGCGCAUGCUGCGGUGGAGGAGGUUGUUCAGAGAAGGUUUCAUUGCCGAAUGUGGCAAGAUCAGAAGGAUGAGGAAGCAGGGGUGGUAG